AUGGUGGACUACUACGAGGUGUUGGGCGUGCCCCGCCAGGCGUCGUCAGAGGCCAUCAAGAAGGCAUACCGCAAGCUGGCGCUCAAGUGGCACCCCGACAAAAACCCUGAGAACAAGGAGGAGGCGGAGAGGCGGUUCAAGCAAGUGGCCCAGGCCUACGAGGUCUUGUCAGAUACCAAGAAGAGAGACGUUUACGACCGGUAUGGCGAGGCUGGAGUAGAGGGCGGCGGGGGCGGCGGCGGGGGCAGCGGGUCCUGCCGCGACCCCUUCGAGUAUGUCUUCACCUUCCGCGACCCGGCCGAGGUCUUCAGGGAGUUUUUUGGGGGCCGCGACCCAUUUUCGUUCGACUUCUUCGGAGACCCACUAGAGAACAUCGUGGGCGGUCGGAGGAGCUCCCGGGGAAGCAGAAGCAGAGGAACCGCUCCCUUCUUCUCCGCCUUCAGUGAAUUUCCAGCCUUUGGGGGUGGUUUUUCUUCUUUUGAUACAGGAUUUAGUUCCUUUGGUUCCCUGGGGAACGGAGGCCUUUCUUCCUUCUCCAUGUGUUGUGGUAGUGGUGGGACUGGCAACUUCAAAUCCAUGUCGACUUCCACCGAAAUCGUUAAUGGCAAAAAAAUCACCACCAAGAGAAUCAUUGAGAAUGGCCAAGAAAGGGUGGAGGUGGAAGAAGACGGAGAGUUAAAGUCCCUGAUAAUAAAUGGCAAAGAGCAGCUGCUGCGCAUUGACACCAAGUAA